CGGUAGUUGCUGAAAAUGGGCAAUUGUGACAUUUUCUGCCUACAUACUGCAAGAUGGCGAUUAACCACUGGCACCAUGAGAAGCUUAUUUCAGGCAUGCUCACUCUUCAUAAUUCUUCUUAGUGGGAAUCGACUUAAAGCCUCCAGUGAAGUAGAAUCCGUAGACCUUCCAAACUGCCACCUGAUUAAAGGCAUCGAGCCAGCAACACUGGAAACAACCAGCCAAAUGCAAACUCAUGAAUCAAAACAAAAAUGGCCAGAAGCUGGCGCUGAAGAUAUUGACAUCCUUCCCAAUGGUCUGGCUUUCCUUAGUGUGGGUCUAAAAUAUCCAGGACUCCACAGCUUUGCACCAGACAAGCCUGGAGGAAUACUAAUGAUGGAUCUAAAAGACGAAAACCCGAGGGCAUUGGAAUUAAGAAUUAGCCGUGGGUUUAAUUUGGCUUCGUUUAAUCCACAUGGUAUCAGCACUUUCAUAGACAGCGAUGACACGGUUUAUCUCUUUGUUGUAAACCACCCAGAAUUCAGGACUACAGUGGAAAUUUUUAAAUUUCAAGAAGAAGAUAAUUCUCUUUUGCAUCUAAAAACAGUCAAGCAUGAGCUUCUUCCAAGUGUGAAUGAUAUCAUAGCUGUUGGACCUGCACAUUUCUAUGCCACCAAUGACCACUAUUUCUCUGAUCCUUUCUUAAAGUAUUUGGAAACAUACUUGAACUUACACUGGACAAAUGUUGUUUACUAUAGUCCAAAUGAAGUUAAACUGGUAGCAGAAGGAUUUGACUCAGCUAAUGGAAUCAACAUUUCACCUGAUAAAAAGUACAUCUAUGUAGCUGAUAUAUUGGCUCAUGAAAUUCAUGUUUUGGAAAAACAGCAUAAUAUGAAUUUAACUCAAGUGAAGGUACUCAAGUUGGAUACACUGGUGGAUAAUUUAUCUAUUGAUCCUUCCUCGGGGGACAUCUUGGUAGGCUGUCAUCCUAACGGCCAGAAGCUCUUCAUUUAUGACCCGAACAAUCCUCCUUCCUCACAGGUUCUCCGCAUCCAAAAUAUUCUCUCAGAGAAGCCUACAGUGACCAUAGUUUAUGCCAACAAUGGAUCUGUUCUCCAGGGAAGUUCUGUGGCCUCUGUAUACGAUAGGAAGCUGCUCAUAGGCACUUUGUACCACAGAGCCCUGUAUUGUGAGCUCUAACGUGGACUUUGGGUAUCAAAGUGUGCUCACUUCUCUUAACAAUUAGUUUUCAAUGAAUGGCUCGUUCUGAGGGAAUUUAACUAGUAAAGCUGAGCCAGGAUGUAUGACGUGUAUAGUUCAUUUUAUUUCAGGCAUGAAAGGCCCCUUCAGUCCUUGUUGCACUUUUAACAUAAAGGAAAAUGAACAGGUGUUUUUUUUUUUAAAUGCCAAGUAAAGGAGAGAGAAGAAAGCUGCUUUCGGUAAAGUGAAUAUACUUUGCACAAAAUGAGCCUCACCUCCUUCUUCCAACUGCCAGAGCAUGAAUUCCACUGAAUCAGGGUAGAUCCCAUUUCCUUAAAAUGUGAGUGACCCCUGUGACUGUUUGGAACUACUGAUAGGUAACGUGUGUGGAUAUUUUGUACUUACAUCAUUGUUUACUAUUAAAGAGUUGGAGUUAUAUUAAAGACUAACUAAAAUCCUAUAA